UGGUGAGAUUAACAUACAGGUAUGGCUCUCUUCAGGUGGAUCGGUGUGGCCGCUGUGAUGACUCUCCUAACACCAGAGUCUGAGUCACAGCAAUCUGUUUGUGGUUUGGCACCGCUCAACACCAGGAUCGUUGGAGGACAGGAUGCUCCUCCAGGCAGCUGGCCCUGGCAGGUCAGUCUGACCAUCAGUGGAAGUCAUAUCUGUGGAGGAUCCCUCAUAAACAACAAGUGGGUGCUGACUGCAGCUCAUUGCCUCAGCUUCCCAACCUUCCUCCUCCCUUUUCUGACUUUGCAUUUGGGACGUCAGAGUCAGGAGGGACCAAACCCAAACGAGGUCACUCUGCCAUUUGCAGGGUUUGUUGUUCAUCCCAACUACAACGCCACAAAUGGUAACAACGACAUCGCCCUCCUGAAGCUACCCAUAGCUGUGAAUUUCACCUCUUUCAUUGCACCAGUCUGCAUUGCUGCCUCAAACAGCACCUUCUUUAGCGGAGUGAAUGGCUGGGUCACCGGCUGGGGCGACAUUAAAUUUGGAGUGCUCCCUCCUUCCCCACAAAACUUGUCCGAGGUGGAGGUGCCAGUUGUGGGAAACACAGAGUGUACGUGUAGCUAUGGAGACUUAAUCACAGACAACAUGAUGUGUACUGGGUUACGUACUGGAGGGAAGGGCCCCUGUCAGGGAGACGGAGGAGGUCCUCUGGUGAUCAAACAAGACAAUCGGUGGAUUCUAGCAGGAAUGCCAAUUUUCGGAGUUGGUUGUGCUGAACCAAAUUUCCCAACAGUCUACACCCGAGUGUCCCAGUACGAGACAUGGAUCAACACUGUUGUCACCAUCAACAAGCCUGGCUUCAUCAACUUCAGCUCUCCUGGGAAUAACAGUGAUCUCAACUUCACAUGCCCAGUUUCAACCACAACUUUCACUCCAACAAACCUCACUGCUGUCCCUUCAACAACCCCCCCAGCAUCAACACCUGUGGUUUGUGGACGAGCACGGCUGAAUUCUCGGAUUAUAGGGGGCAGCUCGGUGGCAACGGCUGGCCAGUGGCCGUGGAUGGCGAGCCUCCAGAAAAAUGGACAGCAUGUGUGUGGUGGGACACUGGUGGACGUGGACUCAGUGCUGAGCAAUGCUGACUGCUUCUCAGACCCACCUGUAGCAUCUGACUGGACGGUUGUGUUGGGUCGUCUGAAGCAAAAUGGAUCAAACCCCUCUGAGGUAUCCAUCAAAGUCUCAAACAUCACUCGGAGCAACCUGACGGGGUCCAACGUGGCGGUGCUUCGGCUGUCAGUGCGGCCCACAUUGAGUGACCACAUUCAACCCAUCUGUCUGGAGAACGGUCGAAGCUUCCCCAUGGGAUCCACAUGCUGGGCUGCUGGCUGGAGCUCAGGGCGAGGAGGAGAAGAGCAAAUCCUGCAGGAGUUCCAGACUUCAGUGCAAAAUUGUGGGAAUGCAUCAACAACUGACAGCAUUUGUACAGGACAGUUCACUCAGGAACAGGGUGACACUGGUGGUCCACUCAUGUGCCAGCAGGAUGGGUCUUGGUUCCAGGUCGCUGUAUUAUCAGCUGCAAACGGCUCUGCCAGGAAAAAACGAGAAGCUGCAGUGAAAGUUUUUGAAAAACUAAGUCGUUUUCAGACCUUCCUGACUAAGACCCUGGGGACGUUCUUAUCUCCAGCUUCCACCACCACCAUCACGGCCACCACGAACCCCACCAGCUCUACUACGUUCAAUGGGAACACUCCUGCUAACUCCCCCUUCUUCUCCUGUCUCUCUCUCCUUAUUCUCACCUUCUGGCUCCAACUCCUUUCAUAGAGAUGUUCAAACUCUGCCUGGUUUACAUGAUGUGUCAAGCACAGAUUAAUGUGGAUAAACCUUAAAUUAUACACAACUUUAAACUCUGAAACUAUGACUAAACUCUGCCUCGAAACAAAACAUAAAAUUGCACAAAGCAAAGCAGCUCAGUGUUUGUGUACCUGAUGAACCUAAAUUCAAUGUUAUGCAAAGAUAUGCACCAAUGUAAUGGUGUGUAUAUCUUUGGUUUUCAUUUAAGCAAAGUUUUACAUAUAACAGGAUAUUUCUAAUCAUUAAAAUCAAAUCAAAUCAAUGGAAUAAUCUGAGGAAUUGUGUCAUUUAAAUGGAAAUUUACAUGUUACUGCUGUUUUAACAAAUCUGUGAUUGUUCUUGUUUCUUGUUAUUUUUAUGAAUAAAAGACUUUGAGACUCUAAA